UUGACAAGUUGGGGGAGGAAAAUCCAACGUGUUCAAGUGCUAACAUUCAACCAUCUAGCUCCCCAUGUGACGUGCAUUGGAUUCCUGUUCAAAUCUGUGUUAAAGAUGACACAAACAGUCGACAGGAAACAUUUUCAUGUUCCCGAGAUCUCAUACUUUCUCACAUGCCUUACUUCCGACAAUUUCUCAGUGAAGAAGACCACUCUACUGAAGUAGAAAUUUCUGUUCACUGUGAUCUGGAAGUAUUUCGUAGACUAAUAUCUUUUGUGAAGAAUCACCAAACUGGUUCCAAGGACUUUGAAAUAGAACCCAGGUACGCCAUUCAUCUGCUUGUGUCGGCAGACUUUCUGCAGAUGGAAGAACUAAUACAACAGUGUUUACAGUUUUGUUAUGAAAACAUGAAUGUUAUACUAGCUACUUCUAGCCCUGUGAGUGCUAUUGGUGAUCAACUUACUCAGAGGCUUGCAGGGUUAUUCAGCUAUAAAGAUUUAGAGCAAUUAGAAGAUCCAAAAGACAGAAUAAAGUCGAGAUUGUACAGGAAGCAUAUAGAUUAUUUACUUAAGCCAGAAAUGCCUUCGUCCAGAAGUAAAGGAGCUAUUGGUGGUGCCCAUUCUCUUGUGCGAUGUGUAUUUUGUGAAAAAGUAUUUGUUCCCAAACUACAAACUGUCGUCAGUUGCCUUUCUACUAGAGCUUUUAUUGAUAACAAGGGAGAAAUUUCAUAUGCACACAAAAGGGAUCAAAACUGGAAUAAGGAUAAUUACAUACAGAUGCUCUUCAAAGAACUGGGAUCAUGGAGUCAGGUUUUUUGGCGUCUUUGGGGACUAGUCAAGUGUCUCACUUGUUCUCGUUGCGGAAAGGACUUCCCGUGCUCUGACCUAUACCGAUGUCGCUAUCAUCCCGAAGCAGCACAGUAUCCUGAACAGCUUCACACCAGAUCUCGGCAAGGCUUUUAUCCUUGUUGUGGGAAGAGGGCUUUAAAGUACAAUCCUUUAGAUCCUCUAGGGACUUCUAUGGGCUGUACGUAUUUAGAACACACUGUGACGCAGGACUGUAAACAAACAACUAUCUACAAAGAGCUAGUCAAGCAUAAAGAGCUGAUUUGUUUACCGCAGCCCGAGAGUCAGUCUUUGGCUGAUGACGACAAUGAGGCUUUUCUUCUGUCAACCAUAAAAACAGUAGCAGUUUCUCAGAGUCAUGCUGGAAGCCUGGGUUCCAUGUCCAAGGUCUGCUCUGUUUUUGGAGGUCCAGGAAAGUGGUCUCCUACAGUUACUAACAUCAGUAGACAUCCUAACCCAGUUGUCAUUGAGCCAAACAGAGAGAAGGAUGAGGCUUCCCAGAGCCAAGAGGUUUCUUCUCAAAGUACAGUGUACAGGUUUCACCAGACAAG